UUAAACUUUGUGACAAGCAUGGAAUUACCAAUAAGAUGUUCUUGUUGCUCCAACAAUGACUUGGUACUGUAAACAAAACAAGGCAAGAGUUGAAAAAAAAGUGACACAAACGAGUUGUGUUAGGUAACACCAACGCGUAUACCAAUAUCACCUAUAUAGCCAUUCGCAAGCCGCCGACGAAUCUCUCCGUUCGUGCAGUAGGAGAGAAGCCUAAAAAAAAUCAUAACAGUCAAUAAGUGUGGUUAGAAAUCAUGGCUUUGGUUUGCGCUAGAACGGUUUUGUAUCCUGCUCUAAGGCAGAGUGUCCGACACAUCAGCGUUGUCAAACAACUCGCUAAAUUCCAAAAAUGCAAUCAAUUGUGCAACAGGAUCUACUUGCCAAGAAUCACAGGACAGCGGUUUUACGCUGAAAAAGUUGUAUUUGCAAGAGACAAGCCUCAUUUGAACGUAGGAACAAUUGGCCAUGUCGAUCAUGGAAAAACUACUCUCACUGCAGCUAUCACAAAAGUUUUGUCAGAAAAAGAAUUGGCAAAGGCAAAGAAUUACAAUGAAAUUGAUAAUGCCCCAGAAGAAAAAGCUCGAGGUAUCACGAUAAACGUGGCACACAUUGAGUACGAGACAGAAAAGAGGCAUUAUGGUCACACAGACUGUCCAGGUCACGCAGAUUACAUAAAAAACAUGAUUACUGGUACAGCUCAAAUGGAUGGUGCUAUCUUGGUUGUCGCUGCUACUGAUGGCACCAUGCCUCAGACAAAAGAGCAUUUGAUCCUGGCAAAACAGAUUGGCAUUGAACACAUUGUUGUAUUCAUCAAUAAGGUGGACACUGCUGAUGCUGAUUUGGUUGAACUUGUGGAGAUGGAGAUAAGAGAGGUUAUGACUGGAAUGGGAUUUGAUGGAGAAAAAGUUCCAGUUAUCAAAGGAAGUGCUCUCUGCGCUCUCGAAGGAAAAAAUCCUGAAAUAGGAAGGGAUGCAGUAAUUCAGUUAUUGGAAGCUGUAGAUAGCCACGUACCAGUGCCAAUGAGAGAUCUUGACAAACCGUUUUUGUUACCAGUUGAGGGUGUAUACUCUAUUCCGGGUAGAGGAACAGUCGUCAGUGGCAGAUUAGAACGUGGAAAAUUGAAGAAGGGAACUGAGGUCGAGUUUUUAGGCUACAACAAACAAUUGAAGAGCACCGUCACGGGUGUAGAAAUGUUCCACAAAACUCUUGAGUAUGCGGAAGCGGGAGAUCAGCUGGGUGCUCUUGUCAGAGGUCUCAAGAGGGAAGAUGUCAGGAGAGGCAUGGUCAUGGCCAAGCCAGGUACAGUCAAAGCUUAUGAUCACAUUCAGGCUCAAGUUUACGUUUUGACUCCAGAAGAAGGUGGCCGAAAAAAGCCAGUAACCGAGAUGAUGCAGCUUCUAGUAUUCAGCAGAACGUGGGAUUGUCCAGCACAGGUCUCUGUUCCAGAAAAAAAUUUGGCUAUGCCAGGCGAAGAUGCAAAAUUAGACUUGAAGCUUUUCAAAUCAAUGGUGUGUGAAAAGGGUCAGCGUUUUACACUCAGAGAUGGUGGUGUUACCGUUGGCACCGGCGUUGUUACUGACCUUUUACCAGCGUUAACCGAAGAUGAGAAGCUUGUUGUAAUAGAAGGGAAAAAAGCUAUAAGAAAAAUACAAAGGAAACAAGAAUUGCAAAAAGGUGCAAAAAAGUAAACGUUAAUGAAUGUAUUUCGUAACAAAAUAAUCUUACACCCGUACUGUAGAUAUUAUUAAAAAUUGAAAUCAGCUUUAUUUGUUAUACUUUAAAAAUGUCAAAAAAAAAAAAAAAAAUUAUGAACUAUGUUUAUUAGACAUUGAUAUCGUACAUAAAAGCUGAAAUUGUAUUGCAAAUUUCUGGAAUUUUUUAAACUUGAGUUGCGUAAUUAUUUAAGUAAGUGAGUGAGUAUAAAUAUAGUUUUGCAUACAAUAAAUUUUGAAUACUUUACGUA